AGAUCAAAACCAAAACAUCUGUUGGCACGACAACUGUAGCUAGGCAGGUAGCCACCUAGCAACCACCUAGCAACCUAGCAGCUAGCCACCUAGCAGCUAGCCACCUGGCUACAUCACCAGAAACACCUCAUUUUAUUAAAUAGUAUUAUAAUACACCGUCACUUCAGUCAGGGUGGUGAAACAGCAGCUACGCAGUUUCUGUCCCGGCCCGUCGGAUCAGAGCGUCAGGAUAGGGAAGCUAAGUGAAGGGGCAGCUGCCGGCGGCGCAGCGAGCCUGGUGGACAAAAUGUCAGAGAGCCCGGAGAAAAGUGCCUCGGUGUCGGCUCAGGAGCUGAAGGAACAAGGCAACCGCCUCUUCCUGAGCCGCAAGUACCUGGAGGCUGCUGCCUGCUACAGCAAAGCCAUAACUCACAGUCCGUCCGUCCCGGCGUACUACACCAAUAGAGCGCUGUGCUACGUGAAACUGCAGCAGUACGACAAAGCUCUGGCGGACUGCCGCCACGCUCUGGAGCUGGACAGCCAGUCAGUCAAAGCUCACUUCUUCAUGGGCCAGUGUCACCUGGAGAUGGAGAGCUACGACGAAGCCAUCGGCAACCUGCAGAAAGCUUAUAACCUGGCGAAGGAGCAGCGUCUGAACUUUGGCGACGACAUUCCCAGCGCUCUGCGCAUUGCGAAGAAGAAACGUUGGAACAACAUGGAGGAGAGGAGGAUCAACCAGGAGAGCGAGCUGCACGCCUACCUCACCAAACUCGUCCUCGCCGAGAAAAAGAGAGAGCUGGAGGGCUGCCGACAGAAACAAGACGACGACAGCAGAAUUCAACACAAUCAAAACGACAUCCACACGAAACACGACAAGUAUCUGUCCGACAUGGAGGAGCUGUUCUGUCAAGUGGACGAGAAAAGGAAGAAGCGAGAGAUCCCAGACUUCCUGUGUGGAAAGAUCAGCUUUGAGUUGAUGAGAGAGCCGUGCAUCACCCCGAGUGGAGUCACCUACGACAGGAAGGACAUCGAGGAGCACCUGCAGCGAGUCGGCCAUUUCGACCCGGUGACGCGCUCUCCUCUGACCCAAGAUCAGCUCAUCCCAAACCUGGCCAUGAAGGAAGUCAUUGAUGCUUUUAUUUUGGAGAAUGGAUGGGUGGAGGACUACUGACCAACGAGAGGAAGGGAAGUGAUUGUGACGGUCUCAGAGGGGUCGUCGAUUUACGUUUAGAGUUCAAGAAAAGCUGAAACAACCCAACAAACAAACUUUAUUCUUUUAGAACUAGAGACGAAGAAAGAGAGAGAUAUGAAUGUAAAACCCACAAAAUCAAAGUCAAACCAAGAAAAAAGCCCAAAAGAAAACUAAAGUUUAAAGACGCGUCACUAAAGGUCGCUGUCUCUUAAACCUGCAGCACGGAUGCUCUCAGAAGUACUCAGAAGUAGCAAUACUACAGUAUACAAGUACUCUGUUACACGUAAAAGUCCUGCAUUUAAAAUUUAAAUUCUCUCAAAACUCAUUAUUAUAUUUAUUGUAUUAUUAUUAUUGAUGCAUUGAUAUGAUAUGCAACUAAUUUUAACUACUUUAUAUCCUGUUUAAUUAAUAACAAUCCAUCACUAAGAACAGUACUUGAGCAAAUGUACUUAGUUAUUGAUUAUCUACCUUUUCACUGCAGCUUUACUAAUAAAUAUUCAUGAAGUCCAACUGAGAAUGAAACAGAUCAACAUGAAGUCUUGAGACCAAAUCCCGCUGAACUUUUAACAUAUUUUCUUGUUGACAAAGAAGCACUUUAAGUGAAACCCUCAAAGUUUAAGGGCACAAUGUUAAUUUAUUAUUAAAAGUACUGAAACACUUCAGACAUUUUUAAGACUUGUUUAACCCUUGUGCAUCACUAGGGAAAUUUUUUUAUUUUUUUGGCGAAUAUGUAAAUACUUUUUUUAAUUUUAAAAGUUAACUGAGCUAAACAAGAUACUUCACCUCACUUCACUUGUGUAAGUUGCAUACUGGACCCUGAUUGGCUCCAAACUAGUAGAAAAAAAUCCUGCAGGUACGUCCACCUGUUAAACUGAGAUUUAAAGGCCCGGACACACCAACCCGACAUCAGAGAACUAGCGGCGAUGAAGGCCGACUGUUGCGUCGCCUCAAGUUGCUUUUGUCUUGGCCGACAAGUUGCAUUGAACACACCGCAAAUACAUAUAUAUAUAUAUAUAUAUAUAUAUAUAUAUAUAUAUAUAUAUUAAUAACAACAUUAUUCUGCACAGAGAAGGAACAAGAAACAAAACAAACUUUAAAAUAAGAAGCCUAUAAAUCAAUUAAGUAAAAGUUAUACAUCAAUUAGAUUUCAUUUUCCAUUUACAAUCUGUGAAAUUUCAGCCUGAAAUGAAAAGAAAAACAAGUGAUAUUUUUAUUUUAUUGUCUGAGAAAC